AUUUCAAAGAAUAUCAAUUUCAGAUCGUGCUGUAUCAGGAAGUGCAAAUUAGGGAGUAAUCAUAUCAAAGUGCAAUCUGAAUUAAAAUUAUCCCCCAUCCAAACUUCCCCCCUUUGUUCAACAGCUAAAGAUCACAGUGACCGGCCCUGGUAGAAUUGUGACAUCAGAGGAAAAUCAGCCAAUUGCUGCCUUCCUCUUUGUCCCUUCCCAUUCCCUCAUUCAGGCAGGGCUUGAUUUACUAGCCCAUCGAGCAAGGCAAUGCUGCUCACAGUAAAGAGGCUGCUUGGGCAGCAGUGCCGCCUUCAGGUAUCUGGCGAGGAGAGGAUCUCUCUGGUGAAAAGCCUGGUGUGUGAAGAGCUCAAUGUCCCGGAGAACCAGCAGACCCUGUUGUUCCAGGGGAAAGUACUGGAGGGGGAGCACAAAUUAUCAGACUAUCUCAUUGGCCCAGAGUCCAUCCUCUAUCUGGUCAUUAAAAAACCUGAGCAAACUUAUCCUGAGGAGCCCUCAAAGCCGACCGCUGCCCAGCCCCACUCAGUGUGGUAUCGACUCUCGCAAGUCCUGGAGAAACAUUUCAGAACUUCUGACGCAGUGAGGGUUCUCGAGAGGGUGCUGAACGACUACUACAAAGGCCUUGGCUUGCUGAGCCUGGAAAACAUUGAAGAGUUAGCAGGGGACCUCCUAAGUCCUGAGGAAGGUGAAGGUGAACCGGUGGCUACAGGUGAGCUCCCCCAGCAAGAGGGGCACCCCACAGCCCCAGUGUCUGAAACCAGGAAGGAUAAAGCGACCCAGACUGAGCCACAAGAAAUGCUAGGAGGAAGGUGGUGCUGGAAGAACACUGAGUAGACUUAUUUAGAGAGGUCUAAGCGAAAAUUAAAAUAGUGAUGGUGUAUGGAA